AUGCCCAAUACAGAGGAGGUUCUGGAUGUGGACAUGGCCCAGUUGGAAAUAAAGGAUGGUGCAAAGAAGAGAACUUCCAGUUCAAUUUCGGAGAACGACGAAAGACCGGAUGAAAAUGCCUCAAAAAGUGAAAUUCCACUUGAAGGUACUGUUAGGCGUUCAGGCAGAAAACGAAUUCGACCUGUGGAGUUUGAUAAAAGAAGAGUACUUUCCAAGCCCAAGAAACUAUUGGAUGACCUCAAUUCCAAGCAAAUAGUGAACUAUUAUCUUGACAAAACAGUGAAAAGAACACCUCCUACUCUGGAAACCAUUUUUGAGGAACCUAACCCUAAAACUGUCAUGAGCACAAGAAAGUUCAGAAGACUGAUCAGCUUUCCAAGUGAUGUUGCUUCUAAGAAUAGAUUAAAAGUUAAGAAACGUGUGAUGAAAGCUAAACUAGUUUCUUCUUCACCCAGGAAGAAAAUGUCAAUGGAAACUCUUCUCCAGAAGCUAUCUAGCAUUGAUGAGAAAUGA